AUGGUGCCUGUGGAUCCCGGCCUGGUAGCCAAGCUGGAGCCACUGGCUGUGCAGUGCGCCGUCCCCGUCAUGGCGGCGCUGGCUCGGGCGCUGAUGGGGCGGCUGGGCAUGACGGCGGCAGCAGCAGCGCGCUGCUUUGAACACAAGCAGGCAGCAGCCGGUUCACCCAGCUUCGAGGCAGCAAUUACGGUGCUGGCAGCGCUGCUGGCUGCCGGCGGCACGGCGGGCAAGCCUGGCGAGCAGGUGCUUAGGGAGGUGUUGACGAGGCACCCCUCCACAGUGCAACUGUUAAUGUCUGACAGGGAGCGGCUGCAGAGCACAAUCGGCCACCUGCUUCAGCUUGGGCUCAGCCAGCAGCAGUUUGUAGCAAGCCUGCACACCCGGGGGUGGACCCUGCUCACCCGGCCUCCUGAGCACCUAGCGGAGCUGGAGGCAGCGCUGCAGCAGGAGCUGGGCGGCGACCGCCAGCUGUGGCUCAAAAUGCUGCGGCUGCAUCGUCGCGCGGCUAGCGGCAGUGUGGACACCUUCCGUGAGCGAGCACAUGCGCUUGCUGUGGUGAGAUAG